AUGGCUCGAUUCAGUGCGAUUCGGACACUCUCUUGGAAAGGUCCCAAAGCUGUUGCAUUGAGACAAUGUGCCAAAAAAUCCUUCAAAUAUACCUUUCUACUCUAUGGAUGCCUAUUACUCAUGCUAUUUAGUUAUUCGUUUUAUUUGAGUUAUGUGGUACCUACAAUCAUGAUUCAUAGUGAGGCUAUUGAUUCCGAUGAAGAUGGAGUUAUCGAUGAAAUGAGAUAUGAUGAUUUAUUUAUUAAUUCAGUUUCGUUUUCGAAUGAUACGUUCUACGAUCCUCUUCAUUUGGAUGUUUAUAGGACAUUUACUCUUCUCAAACAAAAUAACACAAAAUUCCAUUUACCAGUUUUUGGAUACUUGUAUUACAAUACGGAUUUAGAAUUUUAUUAUCAUCAAUUGUUUCGGUACAGAGAUGUCACAGAUGAGCAUAACAAUAGAUACCUCUCAGAAUUUCAUCAUUUACUGCAUUUGACUUACAAACUAUAUUUGAGAAUUCUGUUCAAAAUUAUUCAAAUAAUUUUCAACAUUGAGUAUACAAUAUUCAAAGAGGUGGAGCACUUCUUUCUUCGAUUUUCAGCACCCAAGAAGCUUAACAUUUUAUUAAGUAUACCCAUGUUAAAUAAUUCUCUGAUAUUACACAGUGACGAGUAUGGAUAUUUUUAUCAUGAAGUGAUUAUGGAUUCCUCACAAUAUAGAGAGCUUGUUUGUGAUAGGAAUAUUGAAUGGAUUGAAUACAGCGUUCAAAUUUUAGACCAUGUAAAAACUGGCUAUAUUCUUUCCAAUUGUGAUACAUUCAAGCACAACAAUGGUGAUGAUACUUCGUCACUCUACUCCAUCAUUUCUGAUAUUGAUGAUAGUAUCAAAAUUACCAAUGUCACUGGAGGUAUUGCUGCCAUGAUGAAAUCAACAUUUAAUCCAUUUAUUGCAGUUCCAUUAAUGAACGAGUCUUUUAUCAAGUUAAAGAAUACGUAUCUAAAUGUGAAUUUUCAUUAUGUGAGCAGUAGCCCCUACGUACUCUAUAACAAAUUAGAAAGCUUUUUGUUGAAAAACAAUUUUCCAAUAGGAUCCUUUCAUUUGAGAGUGUCCCACUUGGAAAAUCGGUCCUUUUUUACUAUGCUCCGCUCGAGUAAGGUCUCCAAACCUGUCACUAUCCACGAAAUUAUGAAAAAUUAUAGUAGAAGAAAAUUUGCUCUCAUUGGUGACAGUGCCGAGAAUGACGCUGAAAUUUAUGCUCAAUUUUAUCAUCAUUAUCCUGACAAUGUUGAUCGAAUAUUAAUUAGAUGUGCUUCUCCAACACUGGAAGGUUGCAUUCAGAAAGUUCAAAAGGCCAUGGCUCUCUAUCAAGUACCAUCACGAGUCAUGGACUAUUUUGCUACGGACAGCUCUGAUAUUUUGGAAAAGAUUGUCAUGAAGCAAAGGGAAAAUAGUUGA